ACAGCCUGGGAAUAUGACGGACAACAAGACACAUGAACCUCCAUAGCUAUACAUUGGUGAUUCAACCACAGUAGAACAGAUGCUGUCAUGGACUUCAGGCAGCCCUGAUUGACUCGGCAGCAAACUGGCAUGUACAAACAUAACCAGUGACACCAAAGCCAUGGAGAGAGAAAAGAGGAAUGACAUGUCCUUCUCCAGAAAGAGAAGUUUCACUUUCGGGACUUAUGGAGGUGUGGACAGAUUCACAUGUGGGGAUGAGAUGAGACCUGAAUGUCCAGAGGACAACAUGCUGGACACGCUGGACUCCCCUGCUAGUGAGAGAAAGCCUCUCGUCUCUGCCAGCAGCAACCAGAGGGACACAGAGCUGUUUGAAAUCAUAGAAAAGCUGCAGGGUAGCCGGAUCGAUGAGCAGCGGUGUGAAUUCCCUCCUCCUCUGAAGUCUCAGCUUUUAACGAUGGGUGGAGACCUGCCGCUCAUCCUCCCCUCCAAGUUGGGUGGCUACUGGAUAGACCCCCCUCUGGAGAGGCUUAUAGAUGUGAGUCCCACCGGGUCCUAUUAUGGACUCAAUCCGGACAGCUAUGACAUCAUGGAGAGAGACAAAGAGGCCAAAAUCUACCAAGAGUUCUUCAGCUCAAGAUACCAUCACUCAUUCACAGCAGUAGAUCCAUCUCUGGGACCGCUGGUUCUCUCUGUGUGUUUGGAGGACGAGGAGAACAAGCUGCGGGUGAUACUAAGGAUGAAGGAGUGCUCUCUGCAUGGAGUUUUCUCUGUCUCUCUUUUCCCCAACAUCCCAUCUGCUGUUGAACUGGCAAAGAUGCUCUGUGACAGGGUGACUGUCUCACAGUUCGAAGUGGUCAGCUACCUCAAGGCUCCAGAACUCAUAAUGGCGUUUGAUGAACACAGAGUGUCUCCUAAUUUCAAGUUUGGCAUUUUAUGCCAAAAGGACGGGCAGUUCACUGAGGAGGACAUACUCGGUAACAAUGAGGAAAGUGACGAGUUUAAGGAGUUCCUUUCCAUCUUGGGAGAGACAGUUCUCCUGCAAGGCUUCACCGGGUUCAGAGGAGGACUGGAUGUGUGUUAUGGUCAAACAGGAAGUGAGACAGUCGUUACAUCCUUUCAAGGAAGAGAAAUCAUGUUCCAUGUCGCAACUAAACUGCCUUUCACAGACGGUGACCCACAGCAGUUACAAAGAAAAAGACACAUUGGUAAUGAUAUUGUAGCUUUAGUCUACCAGGAGGGCCAAACCCCUUUUCUGUCAGAUGUUAUCAAGUCCCACUUCCUGCACUGUUUCCUGGUGGUCCGGAAGACUCAGAGGGCGGAGGACUCAGGUGAACCUGCGUACCAGGUGUCCGUCACAGCCAGAGAGGAUGUUCCUCCUUUUGGUCCGGUCCUCCCAGAUCCUCCCAUUUUCACAGAGCGUUCCCUGCUGAGAGAAUUUCUUCUCACCAAACUCAUCAAUGCAGAGAUUUCCUGCUAUAAAGCUCAACAGUUCAGCAGACUUGAGCUCCGGACUCGUUCAUCGCUCCUGGAAAGUUUGCAGGCUGAACUCUCCACCCGUUCCCAGUGCAUGAUGGGGGAUCGAUCGCUGUGUGCUCUCCCCUCGUCUGAGGGUGUAAGGGGGGCAUCUGAGGGGAGUGGAGGGUUCAUUGAAAAUUUUAAGAGAGCCAUAAGAGUGCGGAGCCACUCUUUUGAGACUCUCGGGGUACCAAGGAAGGUUGGUAGCAAUGCAGCACAGAAGCCAAAGCCAGAGAAAGAUGGAGACAGUGACAAAUCUCCUGGACCUCUGCCUGCUCUGUCUGACAGCUUGGGACCAGCUGAAGUCAAAGAUCAAGCUAGUCCUCAAGAGGAUACGUAGAAGGAAAUAUUCAUUUGAAGAUUAUAGAUGUUAAUAUGCCUAUAGACGUUGCUAGCCUAUAUGGUUACUUCUUUAUCAUCGUGGUGGUUGGCUUAUAUGUAAAUAGAGUGUAAAAGUAAAUAGUAUUUCUGAGAAUAUAAUUAUUUUACUCUCUUAGCAAUGAUAUUCUAUAUUAAUGAGAAACUGUACAUUGUAUUUCAGUGAGAUGUUAAGCAUAAAAAAAACUGCCAGAAAAGGCUGAAGUGUUGGGGCAGAGUUUACACUGGAGUGUAUUUUAGAUUUAAAAAAAAACAAACAUUUUAAUUUGAUGUGGGAUAAAGGAGAAGAGAAGCAGAUUUCAGUUUGAAUAAGCACAAUAUGUAGAGAAUGCCCAAUUGAAAACAUGCAAUAGCAACACAAAAAGAAGCAGAAGAGAGGAGGAAGAAAAAGCAUAGACCUGAUCAAAAACAACCUCUCUCAUUCCUGGUUAUUUAUGCAAAUAUUUAAUCUGUUUCUGACAUUAAAGGAGAAAUCUGA